AUGGGCGGACCAGGGGACGAAGGAAAGCGUAAGCUGCUGUUGGCGAUCUGUUGUGCCGCUUGCCUGCUUCUAUUCUUCGGCGCCCUGGCAACUGUUUUGAGCUCACAGAAAUCCGAAGAUACGGGCGAUGAUGGCACGGAGUCCGAAGCUUACUAUCCCACGGUGCCCGAUGGAAAAAUCCGUCAGCCGACACCGUCCUCUGCAGAUGGAGAAGCAGCAUCAGGAGAUGCGACGACAAAAGCGACACGAAAGCCUCUGCCACGUAGGCCGUUGGUGUGCAGCUACAAGCUGGAUAUGAAACCACAGUACCCUUAUCCUCCCGACGGGCUCUGCGACUUCCUUUUUCACACAUUUGGCUUGUUAGAGGAAGGGUUCAACUACAAUGAUUAUUACAAUAUUUACGACGAUGACCGAGCCGUACUCGAGAGAUUUAAGGAAGAGGGCGCAAAGUCCAAGAUAACUUUGUUCGGUAUCGACAUGUAUGAUCAUUACGAUAACAUGACUCGUCGUGCAAUACCUACAAAGGAGGGCAAGGACGCACUGAGAGGACUCUGGGACUUCAAAAUAGUGCAUUACGCUAUUCUGGAUUACGUAAUUUACAGUGCAGGUGAAGGUACCGUAAGGUCUAUCGUCGAGAUUGCGCAGGUGUUGCUGGAGCUACGAGAUGAAUACAAGAGCCUUCACGAAACCGAAAACAGCUUUUUUUUCCUCGGCGUUGGACCACUACCCGACUCAUUCGAGGGCGGACUCGAUCGAUCGGAGAUUGUUUACACAUACCUUAUGAGCCAUCUUGUUCCCGACGCCGUGCUAUACCGGACCACUCGGACAGACUAUGACGAUUCUACCGAAUGCAAUAUUGUUGCUCCAUCAAUGUGGUCUCGCGAUAACACGAGCGCAGGACUACAAAUGUCAUUUGAAGCGACUUUAAUGUUACGGCGUUUAAGCACACUCUGGCCUUCUAGUCUCGUACAACUGAUGUCUUUCUCUCCAGCGCUUGCCUGCACCACGGUCUACGGAGAGGCCCCGUAUGGCUCCACUUGCGCCAAUUAUGAGCUCAAGCCAGCCAGUUUCAAGUGUGAUCCGGCGAAUCUGGCUCGCAACGCUGUCCUGCAGACAUCACCAGACAAAAUGGACGUCUACCGCACUGCUCCGAUGUCAGACGGGUUGGGGACUUAUGUAUUUGUUGCAUACGACACCCCAGAGACUAUGAAGAGAAAGCUGAUACUGGAAUUCGACGUCAGAUUCCGCAAAAGCUUUGAUCAAGCAACGGUGGAGAUGACCAACAUCCUGGCGGCUUUUUCAGCCAUGAAGGAAAAAGAAUCGCCGACGUUCGUCGAUGUGGACAUCGUCCCCGAAGAGAUGUGCAAGUGCGCCACGAAACACAGCUUCACUGGCGGAUGGGCGAUGCUACACAUGGAAUUCUCCAUCGUAGACGGAAAAGGCUGCGGUGACCUCAGCUACACAGGAAACUACCAGGAACUUCAAGCAUUACGGGAUUUUAUGAAACUCAAUUUUACCGCCAAGGACUGUCCGUGA